UCCCGUCACGUCACACCGCGCGCCAACACCGCUACGUUACAAAUUCAAAUCCUUCGCGUUCGAAAAUUAAAAAAUAAAGACAGAUUUCUAAACUGCCAGUGACAAUGCAAGUGCUCACUCCUUUCUUGUUCGCUUGGCUGCUGAGCGGAGCUAAGGCCGUGAUCAGAACUCCGCUAGAAGCCUUCAGGCCUUCGGGAGAACUUCACGUGAAGAGACCAGACAAACUGCCGCUGCUGCCUCACAGGAAGACGUCGGCCCCUCCCAAAGGAGGCUUAAAAGUCCUCUAUCAGACUGGGGUAUCAGAAGAGGAUCUGCCGAUGUGCCGCGCGCGGCAGGUGUGCAGCAAGGUGGACCUGUACGACAGCUCGCAGCCCUGGAUCGAGAGGAAGUGCCGCUGCCUCGGACACCGCCCGUGUUCUAGCAAUCUAUCGCCGGACGACAAUCACACGUUAGCAGACAAAACCACUCUUUACAAGACCUGCGAGCCAGUGCGACGGCUGCCUAAAUGCCGGUACUUCAAGGACGCAGCUUGGACCCUUUACUCCUUACCAGACAGUAACGCCACGCAGCAGAUCGUCAACUGUCAUUGCCCAAAGAUGUCCGUCACGUAUUUACUCAAGAAGCUCCCGUACACGACACCUAGCGGAGAACAGGGGAACCAGUACCAGUUCGCGUGCUCGCCGCUCAGUAGGCUGCGGUGCUCACGAAAGGAGCCAUGCAAGCUGUUCAGCGUGAGGAGACGUCACGAGCAGAUCGACGAGGUGAAUGCGAGUACUGUCUGCCAGUGUCCCCGCGACCACACGUGUCCCCGACACCACACGGAGCCAGGAGUGCUGGCUGGAGUCACCUACGCCGCCGAGGACAUCCGCACCUACCACGGCUACUGCAUGCCCGAACCGCCCCCAGACGUCUAUAGGUUCGUUGGCGACAAAGACUGAAUAGCUCCCGCUCCAAUGAGGUUCGAUAUUCAAAAACGCUGGCCACUCAUAAAAGUGACAGUCUUUAAAAACUUGUAGAAUUUUAUUUUGUAAAUGGAAUAGCUUUGGAAUUUAAAAAACUGAUUGGUGUUAAACAAAUCGUAUGCGUGUUGAAUGUGUAAAAUAUUAUAAUUGGGAUAUUUAAAUUAGGUUAGUAGAUAAUGUGUAUUGAUUUGUUUAACACCAGUACUUAAUGAAACUAAUUUUACUGACAUGUACUAGUCUGUAAGAUUAGUUUUGUUUUAAUAUUUUAUUUAAUAUGUCUCGAUUUAUGUCGUAUGAAGUCGUAUUCAAUGCAAAUGUCUAUAGUAACAGUAACAAAUUUAGUUUUACUUUUAAGUCGAUGCUAAAAAUCUAGCUUUGCUUACUACCUGUUUAGUACAAAGACACGAAACAAAAAUAAAACAGAACUGAUACAGUGCGUUACUGUAGUGUUUUGUAUUGCUUUGACUGAAAAAUAAUAAGGAAAUUAAUUUUAUUCUUUUACUCGUCUUAAAAUAUAACGUACAACAAAAGUAGUGAUAUCCAUGAGUGUAAAUACAUAAUAAAUAUGGAUUUAGAUUUCGCACUGUUUCUGUUAUUAUGUAAAUAAUUAAAUUAAAUUAAUUAUUGUUAGCGUUAAGGACUCAUUCCAAACGGUUUAGUUUUUUAAUUAUAUUUUUUCAUAUUUUAAUAUUUUUACUUGCCAUACUCAUGUAGGUAGCGCUGUCUUCCAUUGCAGUCAUAGAAGGCGUUUAUUAUUGUUUUAAAUAUUGUUUAAACAUUGACGAGUUACUGAACUCAACAGUAUUUUUAAUGGUAAAAUCUCUGUAAAUCAUGAAAGGGAAAAGUGGAGUUAUUUUGAUACUUUAGCUAGUGUUUUUUUGUAGUAUCAUUCCUGAAAUAUGGUGUUUUUGAUCGCUUUAAGAGAAUUUAUCGAACAACAAUGCUAGUUUUUUUAAAACAUUAUAGUUAAGUUUACAUUGAAAUCCCUAACAGAGGAACCUGUUUUCUGUAAUCUUUGUAAAUAUUUAAGCAUGUUGAUGUUUGUGAAAGCUUCGAUUCGGUAAGACUUCCUUAUUUGUUUUAGGUUUAUAAGCUGAAUAUAAGUUAAAUUAUUGAAAAUAAAAUUGAUAAAUGUUUCGAUAAUACUGUGUUUCUUUUUGGC